CUUCAAAAUGAAUUCGUUAACUCUUUUGAUUUUCAUCCUUGGCCUGGGAUCUCUCAACUGCUUCGAUGGUUGGGUGGAUACGACACCUGAAAUAAGUGAUGAAUGUUCUGAAAAAGAGAAAGUAGGCGAGAAGGAUCUCAAGGAUAUGGAUGAUAUGAAUGUCAAGUGUUACUACCAUUGCGUAUACGAAAAGCAAGGAAUUAUUGCCAAUGGGGUGUACAAAGGAAGUGUUCCGGCCUGUAAAGGUGUCACAGAUGCCAACAAAUGUGAGUUGGCAACAAAGGUGGUCAGUUGCAGUUUGCCAAAGUAGAAAUCUUGAAUAUUUAAUGUGUUAAAGAAUUAAAUUGUAUGUUCAAUUCGGAUUAUUUCUGAAACAGCAAA